AUGACUUCAGUUCUGUUGCUCAAUUUCCUCCUCCUGUGCGUGCCCUCCUUGUGCAAUGCACUGAAGUUCAUCCCCUUCUCCGAGUUCCUUCUUAGCGUCGAGAAGGCCACCUACAAGGACUACGCCUCUACCCCCGUCCGGGACGAGUACGCUUUUCUCGAAAUCAAGGAGCACAUCCUUAACAUGUACGGCGGGGUCACCGUCCCGGCCAACGUCCGCUCCUAUCUCACCGACCACGGAUACACCGACUGCAUCCUCUACUUGGAGCAGUCAUCCAUCCACCUCCUCAACCUAACGGAAGAGGAAAAGACGCCUCCCCAAGAUGACGAGGACGUUGACCUCCCGGACCUCGGCGGCGCAACCGACGGCGUCAAAGAGCAGCCUAUCGCCGUCUCUCUGUUCGGUGAUCCCAAUGCCGUCGACGUCUUUGGCAACCCGCAGCACUGUCCCAAAGGCACCGUUCCUCAGCGUAGGCUGACGCCGGACCGUAUCACCCGCUUCGGCACGCUGUAUAACUUUUUCGCCAAGAUCCCUUUCAACUUCACUGCCGCAUGGAAUGCGACGGAUACCGACAAUGGUACUGUGGUCCAGAAGAGGGAUGUUAUAGACAGAUUCGGGAUCAAACACCUUCAUGAGGCGGUGUACGAUGAGGCUGUCGAGAACUUUGUCGGCGGCGGGUCCUCCAUGAACGUCUGGAAGCCGCACGCCGGGUUUUCGAUCUCGCAGAUCUGGUUGACUGAUCCGGCAGCGACCCAGACAAUCGAGUCCGGGUGGGUGGUCGGUCACGGUGGACCCUUUGAUGAUGACGAACCACACCCUUUUAUUUACUACACCACGGGUGGCUAUGCGGAAGGGACGGGUUGCUACAACACUGGCGACGAGUGCCCAGGCUUCGUCAUGAGCAGCGGAGGACACAAUUUGCGAUGGGACCUGGCCUUAACCCCCAGCACUUUCGGGGGUAAGCAGUACGAGUUGAGGCUGGUAUGGAAACUGAGAAGCUCCCAAUGGCGUCUCUACUUCCAGACAUUGGAUCCCAUCACGGAUCGUCUAACUCACAACCACCUGGUAGGGUUCUACCCAGCCUCACUUUACAGAACGGGAAAGGGAGAGCUAGGUACACACGCCGUUUACUUCAUUGUGGGAGGGGAAGUGGCGGAAGUUGAUGCGCCGGAGAGUUACGGAGAAAUGGGCAGCGGCAGGAAGGUGACGAUCACGGGCGAUCCUUACGCUGAUAACUACGGCCAGGUGGCCUACCAGCGGGCUAUAUAUAGGAUGAAGGACAGAAGGGACGACGCGACCGAGACGUGGGAUAGGGCAGUACUCAGGUCGACUGUCGAUAAUACGGCAGAGCAUUGCUACAACAAAUAUUACGCCAGCGAGAUAGGAUCCCCGGACGCGCCGGCAGGAUGGGGGGCUACCAUUCUCUUCGGCGGCCCCGGAGGUGUGUAUUGCGACGACGAGUCCUACCCUCGGUGUCGGGCUCUUGGCUGUCGCCCGCUGUGCAGGGAAAGGAGACUCUGUCCUGGGAACCCUCGAUGCACUGAUUCGACACCCGGGGAUGACCCGCCUUGCUGUCCUAGUAUUGCAGGACCAGAUAACGCGGAAUGUCGGUUGACGAGGGAGCGGUGUCGCGCCAACGGUUGCGGGACGACUCUAUAG